AAAUGGUAGAUGAAGAAAAAGAUACUUUUUUAAAGUUUUUACAUGAUUUAAGAGCAAAGAAGAAAGAUUAUUCUACAUUUGAAGAAUCAAUUGGUAUAUUACAAAAUUAUGCUGCAACCAAAGGAUUGAUAGAUGAAGAUAUUGAUCUAUUGGCAGAUACUAUUAUAAAUACAGAAUUAGGUGCUACUAAAUUAGUAUCCUUAGCAAAGUGUUUAGUUCCGAGAUACAAGAUAAGUGGACAUACAGUAAAGUCUCUUAUUUCUUGGUGCUUGGCAUCGAUAAAUGAAUUACCUAUUACUGUAUCCACUAUUAUCAUACAAUGGACAGUUGGCAUAUUGGAUCAUCAAUUAGUAGACAAAAAAGUUAUAAAUAUAUAUUAUAGUGUCUUUUUUUAUAUAAUGCUGAAGAAAGAAAAACUGGAAAGACAUGUAGCACGUAUUAUUUACGUAUUAACAAAACCAGAAGAUGUAACUCGCAGAGAUGUAUCUAGAUUAUUAAAUCUUCAUCAGAGAUAUUCAAAACCCCGAAAACAUAUUAUUGUUUUAUUGUCAUUGUUUAAGUCAUAUAAGCCUGAAUUAGUCCCUGAAAAAAUUCAGUCUAUAAAUACAGAAAGUGUAUGGAAACCAAUACCUGAAGUUUUGCGAUUAAUGCUUCAAGACGCGAAAAAUCGUUCGGAAAUUCGGCAAACACAGGAUUUACAUCCGGAAUAUUUUAACUGGAAUAUACUUGAAUUUAUGAAAACAAAGAAGAUUAUAGCACCUUUGUUACCAUCUGUAGGAUAUUUUCAAACUGGUUCUAAUAUCUUUAAAAAGAAAGAUACAAAAUCUAUUUUCGACAUUUCUAGCGUAGAAGAAUUAGGAAAAUUAAAUUUAAAUGUGGAAUUACCGUGUAAUGCCGUAUCUCUGUUGUCUAACACCGCUGGAUAUCAUCUUCUUACAUUUGCUGACUUCCAAUAUCAGAGUAGAUUCUCCUAUAAUCUCUAUAAUACGUUAGUAAGAGCAUUUAUGUUGGAAAAUGAAAAAUUUUCAAUGGAAGAAAUUAAUAAGUUGCUUGAUGUAACUAUAGAAUUUUCACGAUACAUGCAACAAGAUGUACUUGUCGUUAAUCGUUUCCUCGAUGAAUAUCUGUAUUUUAAUACUGGAGAAUAUCAAACGAAGCUAUUAGCUUUAUUACAGUGGAUGACUUCGAUGACCAUUACUGGUAUAUUUAAACAUUUACAGGAAAACAUAUUAGUUCAUGUACAAAAUAUGUUUUAUGAAUCGACCUUAAGCGUAAAGUGUGAAAUCAUUAAAACAUUGAAAAUGUUAAUCGUAAAUUUGUUUGUUAGUCAAGCAUGUAAAGAAUACAACCAUAAAAUACGUGCACCGUUUUUAGGACAAGGUGCAAUGGAUAGCUUAGAAGAAGCUAUUCCCGUUCUUACCGAAAUCUCGAAAAACCUUAUUGUGUCUGGCUUAAACAUACAUUCCUAUGAUAUUUUAUUACUUGCAGAAGCGAUAUCAUUCUAUGAAGAGAUUUGUAUAUUGGAAAACCAGAGCAGUAUAAUGUCUUUCACAUUGGCACCACCUGCAGUAAUUUAUGGAGCUUUCGCAACAAAACAUUGUGUGAUUUUAUCAAAAAUAUGCAAAUUAUUAUUAAGGUAUCGUAGUAGGAGUUCGUUAUUAAAAAAUUAUAAAAUACAAAAGUUAUAUAAGAAAAAAUUUAACAUUCUAUCUAUUUAUGUUCAAGACAUCGUUGAAGCAUUAUGGUAUGACAAGCUAUUUAAAAAACGCAGUAAUACAUACUUUUUAAGAAAUAUUCCAAUAAGAGUGAUAGAAGACUUGGAACACUGCAAUUUAAAUUGCCUUUUAAAUAUCAGUAAUCAUUAUGCCAUCUUACCUUAUAAAUGUAUAUUGAACAAAGCAGGACUAAGUAUCGACACGAGAGAGGCUGCUACGAGUGUAGCAUUGUAUUAUUACCCAAUCAUAAGUGAAUUUCUCGAUACAUUUCGAAAUUAAAUAUAAG